UGCGAACCGCUCGACUAUAUUCGAUAUUGUUGUAUUGUUUUCAGUAAAUGAACGAUAUAAUACAGGGUAAUAUAUCGGUAUUUUUAUGCUCGUAGAUCACGUUUAUAUAAAUACACAAGACGACAAUCAAUUAUAUUUAUAUAACCAAAAACCAUACGGGUAGUUUUUUAAACAUUUUAUAUUAGUUUUGUGGUCAGAAUCAAUUUUAUUCCGAUAAUUUUUAGAAAUUUGUUUCUCUAUACCCGCUGUGGAUAUGUGAUAAAGUUUUCGUUUUAUCAAUAACAUUUUAAAACAAAAUGUCUGUUAGUUUACCGCGAUGGACGAGAAUCACAAUGGUUUGGUUUUUCGUAAUCGUUAUAGGUUUAACUUAUUCAGCAUCCAUCAGAAAAGACAUAACAUGUUAUGUAUGUACACCAAAUCCAAUUUCUGAUAACACAGAAGCUUCAGAAAUCUCUAUUACGUUUUCAAAUUAUGAUAUUGAAACUAUACCAACUUGUGGUUCAAACUCUGCAGUCAAUUUUACAUUAAAAUGUCCAGAAGGAUAUAAAGGAUGUCUAACUAAAACUUAUGGUAAAAGUAUACUGAAAUCUUGCAAUGAAUAUCCCAUCACUGAUUGUAAAAUAGCAAAUAAUGUGAAGUAUUGUUUUUGUGCUAAUAAUUUAUGUAAUGACGCAACAAUCUUAACUCCAAUUCCAAUUUCAACAGAUGAUGAAGAUUUAGACCAAACAUCAGAAGAUGGAAGCGGGUUAUUUGAUGAUUUAACGCAAUUAGAUAAACAUAAAUACACCAAAAAAAUUAUUAAUACUACAGUAAUAUUAAAUACACCUAUAAAAAAUAAUUCAUUUACAAAAGCAUCAGCUGAUAAAUUAUUGCUGCAUAAACAUAUUUAUAUUUUAAGUUUAAUAUUCAUAACUUAUAAAGCUGUAUAAUAUUUACAGCUUUUUUUAAAAUAGUCUCAUACGUAUAAAAUUGCAAAGAAUAGUGAUAUAUUUAAAAAAAAAUCAUGAAAUAAAGAAUAUGUAUUAUUUUUUAAAUGUAAUUGGUUAACGUUCCUUGUAAUUUUUAAAUUCUAAUCGAAACAAUAAAAAUGUCAUUAAAAUUAUAUAUCUUAAUAUAUAUAUCUUGAAUAUUUUUACACCUUCAUUAUUAUAAAUAAAUUUAAAUUCUACAAUUAUUAUAAUAUAUACUCAUAAGAGCUUUGAUUAAAUAAAAUAGUCUUUCUAAUAAAUAAUAGAUAGGUAUAUCCACUAGUUAGUGUAAAAAUGAGGGUAGUACCCAAUAACUGGGCUAAGUAUUCAGUUCAGUGUUAUAUGACUGUAAACAAUACAUUUUUAUAGAUAUAGAUAUUAACUAUUCUUUUUUUGUAAAAUUGUUCCUACUUAAUAUAAUAUUCUUAUUAUAAUAAUAUAUAAAAGUAUGUGAUUAUAAAUUGUACAUACUAUUUAUAUAUUUUGUAGUUAUAUGAUGUACAAUUAUUUUUACUUAAUGUUUAAUUAAAUAAAAAUAUAAAAUUA